GACACUUCUAUGCUGUUGCUGUUUUAACAAGUUUUUAUUUCUUUGUUUCCUUCUCCUUCCACCAACCGGAACUGCAAGUCUAAAAUUACUAAUUUUACUGAAUAACUCAUUCCCUGAAAAAAGUAGUAAGGCUCUGUCAGUCGAGGGGGAGCCGCUGCUUGAUCGUUUUCUACUUACACUCAUGAGAUUGAGAUUUCAACUUUCCACCUUACUUUCUUCGUGAUGACGACGAUCUAAUUGCUGUUGUGUUUAAGUAGUGGGAUCGCGGCCUGCAGUGGUACUCAUCAUCACGGCUUAAGAAGAAGCUCCCUGCAGGAUUCGGAAUCAGCAUGAAGUCUCGGAGCUUUUCGCUUUCUCCCGCAACCAGUCUUGCCUCUGCUGAAUCCUUGUCCACGCCUCUGUUGCAGGAAGUUGUUCUCUCGGCUGAUGUAAGUUGCAGUGAUUGCCAGAAGAGACUUUCCGACAUUAUGUCAAAAAUGGGUGAGGUAGAAUCGGUUGUGGUGAAUGUGUCGGAGAAGAGGGUGACGCUCGUAUGCAGAUAUCCCGGUGCAGCCACAGUUCCAUCCACUCGGCUAGUCCCUGCAGUAUACAAAAAACCUCUAAACAAAUUUUCGUUGAUUCGAAGGAUGCUUCGUUCUUCCUCAUGUUGAUUGAAUAUUCCAAGCCGAAUAAGUCCAACAGAAGCGUUCCUCAUUCUUUGAAUUCGACAUGUAUUUUUUGUUUUUUCUCGCGGAUUGAUAUGUACAUAAGUAAGUCCGUUGUUCGAUUCCAUGGUGUUUUGCGGACCGGAUUUUCUAUAACAUAAACCUUUGAAUUGAA